CUCAAUUUCCGGACCAAUGCCAAAUAUAUCCCAGUUACUCAGCCAACACCUGGAUUAACGCAUGAAAAUACACCACCUAUAUAUUGCAUACACCUCCAACCUCCCAUCUCCAGGAUGAGAAUCCCAUUCCUCAGCAAGUCCAAGUCCCCACCAUUGACGGACUUGACGAGGGAGUCAACUAUGGCGGAGCGAGAGAAUGAGAAGAGAGGCAUCACUCUGGAUGAGUCGCGUGUGCCAUGGGUAACAUGGAGAUCUGCGUUGCUUGGUGCGUUUGUCUCGAUUGGUGGUGUUAUUUUUGGAUAUGAUACUGGCCAAAUCUCGGGCUUUUUGGAGAUGAAGAACUUCAAACACCGGUUUGCGCAGCUGAAGCCUGAUGGGACGUACCACUUCAACAAUGUCCGGUCUGGAUUAAUUGUUUCCAUGCUCUCCAUCGGUACAUUGAUAGGAGCUCUCCUCGCCGGACCAUUGACUGACCGAAUUGGUCGAAAAUGGUCCAUCUUCUUCUGGUGCAUCAUUCUCCAUGUAGGACUGAUUAUCCAGAUCUCCUCGCCAGCAGGAAAAUGGUACCAGUUCAUGAUGGGUCGAUUCGUGACCGGAUUCGGCGUGGGAGCCUGCUCACUACUGGUGCCAAUGUACCAAGGUGAGAUUGCACCACGACAUAUCCGAGGAGCGAUGGUGUGCUCCUAUCAAUUAUUCGUCACACUAGGCAUCUUCAUCGCAUACUGCAUCAACUUCGGCACGGAGCAUCUGGACAGCACUGCAUCGUGGCGAAUCCCACUCGGUAUCACAUUCCUAUGGGGUCUUGUCCUUGGAAUCGGCAUUCUCCUCUUCCCGGAGAGUCCUCGCUUUGACUACCGGCACGGCCGCGUGGACCGUGCCCGACGCACUAUGUCAAAGCUGUACGGCAUACCUGAGAACCACCGGGUGAUCGUGCAUGAGAUUGCCGAGAUUCAGGAACAGCUGGAUGCCGAGAAGGGGGCGCGAGGUGGGCUCCGCGGUUGGUUUGAGAUGUUCCAGGCGCCACGCAUGCUGUACCGCAUUGUACUAGGUGUCACGCUCCAAGCUCUGCAGCAGCUGACCGGAGCCAACUAUUUCUUCUACUAUGGAACGGUGAUCUUCAACGGUGCGGGGAUCGACAACACAUAUGUGACGCAGAUGAUUCUAGGCGGAGUAAACUUUGGCACGACAUUCGGCGGCUUAUAUGUGAUCGAGCACUUCGGACGACGCAAGUCUCUGAUCGCAGGUGGGAUCUGGAUGUUCAUCUGCUUUAUGGUAUUUGCAUCUGUGGGUCACUUCUCGCUUGAUGUGAAUACGCCGCGUAACACACCCGGAGCGGGCAAAGCGAUGGUUGUAUUUGCGUGUCUGUUCAUCACCGGAUUUGCCAUGACAUGGGGCCCGAUGGUGUGGGCAAUUGUGGCUGAGCUGUAUCCAUCGCGGUACCGGGCGCGGGCUAUGGCGAUGGCGACGGCGUCAAACUGGCUGUGGAAUUUCCUAAUUGGAUUCUUCACGCCGUUUAUCACUGGCGAUAUUGACUUUGCAUAUGGGUAUGUAUUUGCCGGGUGUUUGUUCUUCGCGGUGAUCAUUGUUUACUUCUUUGUCAUCGAGGGUAAGGACAAGACGCUCGAGGAGAUGGAUAUGAUGUAUAUAAUGCGGGUGCCGCCGUGGAAGAGUAGCAAGUGGAAGCCGCCGGAGCCGGAGAAUCGGCUCACCACUGAUCAACUUAUGGAUCGGAAGGUUGCGAAGAAGUAUAACAAGGAAGAGGAGAGGUCGGCGAGCAAGAAGGUGUCGGAGGGUGUGCCUGGACAUACACAUGCUGAGACUGCGGAUGAUGCUGGGACUGGACCUUCUUCGCAUUUCUCCUGA